AAGAGUUUCUCUCUCAUCAGUCAUCACAUAUUUCUCCACCUUCUCAACCCAUUCCAUUUCUCUCUCUUCCAGGCUCUGAUACUUUGAGAAUAUUUCCCCAUUUAGACCACACAAAUUUAGUGUUGUUAUACUCUGGUAAUCAAACAAUCAAACAAUCUGAAACAAAACGGAAAAAAAUUCCAAUUAAAGGUGAAAAAUUCAGGUUAAAAAAUCAAAGAUGACACCUGUUUGUCCUUUUACAAAGGCUUCUCGCCCCGAUGAUGCAUCGUGCAAGAGACCCGGUGAAAACCAAAAUAAACAGCAGACAGUCAACGAUAGCAAGUCUCAACAAGAAGGUGCAAUUUCCCCAAAAUGCCCUUUCGGAUACGAUUCUCAGACAUUUAAAUUAGGCCCUCUCAGCUGCAUGAUAUGCCAAGCACUUCUUUUCCAGUGCAGCAAAUGCAUGCCUUGUUCCCAUGUAUAUUGCAAAGCAUGCAUUUCAAGGUUCAAGGAUUGUCCUUUAUGCGGUGCCGACAUUGAGAAAAUCGAGGAUGAUUUGGAUCUUCAGAGUGUUGUCGAUCGUUUCAUCGAAGGUCAUGCAAGGAUUAAGAGGUCACAAGUUGAUAGUGACAAGGAAGGUGACAAGAAACAAAUAAUAUACGAGGAUGUUUCAGUCGAACGAGGCUCUUUCUUGAUGCAGCAGGCUAUGAGGGCACUUCGUGCUAAUAACAUAGAAAGUGCAAAAUCAAGACUUAGUGUGUGUGCCGAAGAUGUUAGAGAACAAUUGGAAAUGACAGGAAAUACCCCUGAGUUAUGCUCUCAGCUUGGUGCCGUUUUUGGUAUGCUUGGUGACUGCUGUCGAAGUACCGGGGAUGCUAGUUCCGCAAUUUCCUACUUUGAAGAAAGUGUCAAUUUCCUUAUGAAAUUGCCCAAGGAUGAUUUGGAGAUAACACAUACACUUUCGGUUUCGUUGAAUAAAAUUGGAGACCUGAAAUACUAUGAGGGGGAUUUAAGUGCUGCACGGUCGUAUUAUUUCCAGGCUUUGGAUGUUCGCCGAAAUGCUAUCAACCAUCAUUCAGCCGUUCCUUCUCAAGUCAUAGAUGUGGCUAUAUCUCUUGCUAAAGUCGCUGACGUGGAUAAAAAUCUGGAGAAUGAGGAUAAAGCAACAGCUAAUUUUCAAGAGGCUAUUAAAUUGUUGGAAUCGUUAACGGUAAAGGCUGAAGAUGUUAGCCUCGAACAACGGCGCCUUUCGGUACUGGAGUUUCUCAACAGUCAACUCGGGAAGAAGUAGCAGCGUUGUUGCUCUACUGGAGAACUUCCGCUUCUUGCUGUUGGUAUUUUUCGAGUGUUAUAUACAAUAAAACUUUAGUGCAUGGUGACUAGUUUUUGUGUUGUAUAAAUGUCAUAGAAAUAAGUAAUAGGAAUGCACUAUUAACACGCGAUAAUAUUUCUGUAACAAACAUAACUGUGUCUGUGUGGUUCGUAGCAUGGCAAAAUCGUGCUUCUUCAAGUCGAGGAUUGAAAAAGCUCAAAUAGUUUGAAAACUCAGACACCAGAAUGCUUCUUGUUUCCCAGAAAAUGAUGAUGAUGAAAAUUGAUUUAUAUUCUAUGCUGCA